CGCUUACCCCAAGCUGUUUACUCCUUCUUGCCUGACCAUUGACUUACAAAGUCUACUAUAAUGCGCCCAGGAGGCUGUUCUCGAGGUGUCCACCAUGCUCUAUUCAACACGCAGGUCUAAGUAUAUAAGUUCCAUUCCCACUCGAUGUUCUCUCACUUGGCCCAUCAAAAAACCAACAUCUUCAUAACAGCAACAGCUCUUCUCACAGCAAUCGCAGCAAUCUUGAUGCUUAGCAGCAGCAAUACCAACAACAACACUACUAAAACCACACAGGAUUCCAUGAGAGCAGCCACCGUCCUGAAGGCAGCCAUGUCAAACCUAUCCCACGCAAAGAUCGUCCCCCGCCCCUCCAAGACCCGGGGCGCAGCCAACCAUGGCUGGCUCGACACCAAACAUACCUUCUCCUUUGCCGGGUGGUAUGAUCCCAGAUACACGCAAUUCGGGUCCCUGCGAGUCUUGAACGAAGAUCGCGUCAUGCCUGGCGAAGGGUUCCCGACACAUUUCCACCAAAACGCCGAAAUCUUCUCCUACGUCCUGUCGGGCGAACUGACCCAUCGCGAUUCCAUGCAAAAGAAGGGCGCAGAAUCCCAAGACAAGGACAAAUUCUUCCGCCUGCACCGCGGCGAUGUGCAGUUCACCACGGGCGGAAAGGGCAUCUCUCACAGCGAAUACAAUGAGCACAACAAGGAUUGGGUGCACUUCCUCCAGAUCUGGGCGCUGCCGUGGAAGAGGAACUUGCCCCCCAUCUACCACACCAGCACCUUCUCAGAAGAAGAUAAGCGGAAAGAUUUUGUCACAAUCAUCACUCCAUUGAAGGCGGGUCCCAAUGCGACACUGGAGGAUGAGAAGGCAGCCAUCCCUGCCAAGGAGGGCACCAUCCCCAUCCACGCCGACCUCGUGUUUAGUGCAGGCAUCAUCCCCACGAACAAUACCUUCAAUUACCGGGUUGGCGGCGGAGAUCUUGUCACCUCCAAAUCCGACCGAAAAGUGUACAUCCACCUACCGGAAACGAAAGGUGGAAAGGCCAAGAUCCGGCUGGACGGACGAGAGGACGCGAUCCUCAAGGAAGGAGACGGCGCAUAUGUGAGUCAUGUCAACGCGGGUGACAUGCUCAAGGUUGAAAGCAUUGGAGACGCAGAGGCCGAGGUUGUGGUUAUUGAUUCGGAGUAAAAAGGGCCAAAAGCGAAUUGAAUCAUGGGAAAUCUAGGAGUAGGGCUUGAUUGGGCAUCUAUGUAGCACACCAGUUGUCAAUGAAUACUCUGUAUAUCUGCCUCUCAUA